AUGACGUGGAUUUCAACAGGACGGUACAUAAUCUCUGGUUCAGAGAACUCUUUCUUCUACAUCUGGAGAAAGCAGAUGGACUUUCUCAAUGUCUCGCGCUUUUCUUCUAAUCGAAAGGAUAGGAAUAAUUGCUGGGAGGCUAUCAAGGCUCAUGACGCCGUAGUGACAGUGGCUGUCUUUCUUCCAACUUCGGAGCAUCUUCUUCUUGACCCACAUCGAAAGCAUAGUCGAAGGCACGGCCGUAGACCCGGUGUAGAAUUCAUUGUCUCCGCUGACUGCAAUGGAUGUUUGCGGGUCUUUAGGAAUCGGGCUCCCGCAAUCCAGACCAUCGCAUCGUCUGGCCAACCCUCUCGCUCUAACGCAUGA